UUUAUAUGUACUUCUAUUGAUAUUCAAUCUGUUAUUUAUGUGGAUUCAAUAAAUUUAUGUGACUAAUUUAAUAUAUUUCUAUAUUCACUACUAAAACAUUAAAUAAAUUAAAAUCUUUUUUAAUGCCUCCCAAAGUCGACCCAAAUGAAGUUAGAUUGAUCAAUAUUAAAGUCUUCGGAGGAGAAGGUGGUCCAGCAUCAACCCUUGCUCCAAAGUUGGGACCUCUCGGUCUUAAUCCUAAAUAAGUUGGUGAUAAAAUUAUUGCAGAAAGUGGAAAAUGGAAGGGUAUCAGAGUUAUGGUCAACUUGAGAUGCCAAAAUAGAAAUGCAGAUGUUACAGUCAUCCCUACAUCAAGUGCAUUACUAAUCAAAGAAAUUGGAGGUUAUGAAAGAGACAGAAAGAAAACCAAGAAUGUUAAACACAACGGAAAUUUGACACUCGAGUAAGUCAUCAAAGUUGCCAGAGCUGUAGAAGAGAAGUCUCUUGCCAAGACCUUCACAGGAACAGUCAAAUAAGUGUUGGGUACUGCAUAAUCUCUUGGUGCUACAGUUGAUGGACAACCAGUCAAAGCAAUAAUUGGAAAGAUUAAUUCUGGUGAACUUAAAGUUGAAAAAUGAUAAUGAUUAUUAAUUAUUUCAUAUUAUACACAAAAUAAUAAUAUCAUCAGUUAAAAA